UCAUUUAGUUCAACCGUCUGCAUUGUUGGUGGUUUUAUUACAUUUUAUACUGUAUCAUUACGUUAUUAAUAUGUGGCGACAGAGUAGGUAGUUGGUACUGAACAAAUCUCAGAAAACCCAUCAUUCAAAUAAAUAUUAAAAGUGCCUAUUCUGAAAGAAUUUUUAAUUUACUUUAGAUCCUAUUAGUUAAUUCUGUAGGUACCAUAACAAAAUAUAUCCAUUUUGUCAUGGUUGAUAAUUUGUUUGAUUACCGAAUUACUCAAUAAAAUUUAAAGAUGGAAACUCAACAGAAGACUUUGGAUGGCUUCAUUAAAAGUAGAAAACGCCCUGCUAAUGACGAUAUUAUUCACAAAAAAGGUUUAAUUGAAUCUAAUAAUUUUGGAAUUGGAAAACCUAGUAGGAAAUUAUUGUUUGAAGAUGAUGAAAUUGCUUCUCUUUCUGCAAAGAAAUUAAAGACUCAAUCUGAAGCUGUAACAUCAGUAUUUUGUGAUGAUAAACCUAAUAAUGUUGUUACACAAGAAAUUGAAAACAAAAUUGAUGUUGAAGUUGAUAGACCAACUACUCCAGUGCAAUCUCCAUCAACAAGAGUUCAAUUACGCAAAGAUUUGGAUUUGGGUGAAUUUCGUAAGAUUGUACGCAAAAAACAAAAUCUUAAAAAGCUACAAGACAAAUUGAACAAUAUAGAACAAUGUCAAAAUGAACUACUUGCUGCUGAAACUAAAACAGAAACUGCUAAAAAACAUUAUUUGUCUUCUUUUAAAUCCGUUGAUCUUAUGGUAGACACUAGUCCUAUAAAGAUGGGAUUAAGUCCAGUCAAAAGGAAUAACUUAAAGCCCACUGCGUUAUUUGCUAGUCCUACUCAAGCAAUGGUUAGUCCUAGAAAAAUGAUAGCUGUAGUCCAAAUACCACAGACCAAAGAGUAUGUAUCACCUAGAAAAUUAUUGGAUGAAGUUGGAACACUUUUAGCUAUGUCUCCCUCAAAAAAGUAUAGCUCUUUGGCUGACACUAAAGCUUUACCUCUGCCAUUCAAAUAUAGAGUUUUAGAUGAACUAUUUAAAUCAAUGGAAACAAUGACUUCAAUGAUGUAUAGUAGGAAAGAAAAAAUAACGUUUAAUAAACUUAAACGUGGUAUUCAACAAAUGACAAGAAAGAAUUUUACUGAAGAACACUUGGCUCAAAUAAAAACUGUUGCACCAGACUUUUAUACAUUUUCGUUAGUUAAAUCUCCUAAAGACAAAUCUAGUUUUGAAUUAGUAAUAGCUCCAUCUUAUGGCUCUACAAAAGAAACUAAUGUCGACUUAAUUGAAUUAACAUCACAUAGGAAAAAAGUAUUCUCAAAUUCUUUGCUUGAUAUUGUCAAAGAGCAUCAUAGAGAGUAUUUAAAUAAAUUAAUUCCACCCAUUGUAAUUGACAAGGAAAAAAUUACAAGGUGGCAUCCUGAAUUUGAUGUGGAGUCUGUUGUUGAUAUUGUCCCAUCAGCAUUACCUAAAAUUGAAGUGGGCAAACCAAAAAUUACAUCUGCUAAAGAUUUACUUGAUAAAUCGCACACGCUUUUUGUUCAAAAUAAUAGAUUAAAUAGAACAUUAUCUACGAUGGUUGAAGAAAAAAAGAAUGUACUGGAAAAGAAAAUUGUUACAGAAGACGCUAAAAAUGCUUUAAAUAAUGCACUUAAAGGCAUUCCAAAAUCAUUACUGUUAAAGAUUCAAGCAAAACAAGCAGAAAAAGCUAAAGAACUAAUGACAAGAUCUGUUGAUCAAUUGGAUGAAGACAGGAUGAUGAGUAGAUUACCCGACAUCGCUCGUAGAAUACGCACAUACUUUGUACAAUUACAAAGAAAUGUCUUACCUUACAAAAAAGUUAUUGACCAGUUAAAACAAAGUUAUCCAGAAGCUAUGACUGAAGAUAAUUGGAAAUCGCAUUUAAAUCUUCUCCAAGACAAAGUUCCUCAGUGGAUUGUAUUGAAAGUAUUAGAUGGAGCUGAGCAUAUAAGAAUUGAUAAAAAAAUUGAUUUUGAAGAUUUUGUAAUAAAAAAAUUAAAUUCUCAUUUUGCAAACUAAUACACCUAUUCAGUUUGCAUUCAUUUAAAAUUUUUAAUUAGCAUUUAUAAAGAAAUCUGUAUAUCGUCACCUAUAUAAUUUUUAUUAUUAUCUAUUAAUUUUUAAAACAAAUUUUUUGUGUUAUUUGCAUUCCAUUAUGUAUAUUAUAACCGAAAAGUAGUGUAGUAUACUUUUAUUAUAUUUAGUUA